CCAAAUUCUGAAACAAAUUUUUUCGCUUAACAAAUUAGCGACUAGUGAGAUACUGAGUGAGAAGAGAGAGAGAGAGAGAGAAUGAAGCUGAGAUCUGGUGAUGCCGAAGGAGAUAGUAGAGGGAAGAGGAUAGUUCCGGUGGGAGACGGAAAUGGUGGACGGAAGAGAAAAUUGGUGCAGAGCAACGAACAGAAGAACGAUCUUCAGAGAGACGAAGAUGGUAGAGCGAAGAGAAGAAUCGUUCAGAGCAGCGACCAGAAGAACGGGAAGAUCCUCAGAGGAAUCCAUGGCUGUGUAUCUCCUCGGUGCUCUGCUCAGACUUACCAGUCUCGCUUCUCCUGGUUUGAGCAAGAUAUAUGGACAUACAUUUCAAGGUUUUUGGAUGGUAAAUCACUGGUGAAGCUGGGAGCAACAAACAAAUGGUUCUACAAGAUCGCAAUGGAGGAUACUGUUUGGAGGUUUGCCUGCUUGCGUGAUCUUCAGGUCCCUCAGCCGUUUCCCGUUUCUACCACCUGGAUUAAGAUUUAUGCUUCAGCUUUUGAUGGGAGUCACUCUUACUUGUUCCGUCAGAAGGAGAAGCAUAUUGAUUGGAUGCGGAUUGGUGCCUUUGUUCUUGACUCUCAAACUUCACUCCUGACUGAGAGUUUGAGUGGUCGUCUGAAAGUCCCAAGGGAAGGAACCAUAGAACGAAUGUUACAAUCCAGUGGUUCAUGUGUUAUCAACGACAUCAAAAGCGGUAUUUGGAUUGCGGAUUUACAGCUUGUGCGUUGCCCUGUUUGUGACCUCAGUACCUGUGAUGGAACAAUGCAAACACUUGAUGCUAGGCACCUUGAACUGUUCCUUAGUGAAGGCUACAAAGAUGGAAGCUGGGAUUACAAUCUAAUUGGAUCUCAUAAGUUGCAGAAAGACGCAAGUGCAGCUUGUGGAGCCAUAUUUGACCUCAAACACCUUAAAGAAUCUUCAUCCUCAGGUAUUCUCAACCUCAAGUCUUGGACCGGAGAGGCAGAUGAUUCCCAACCUAAAGCAGUUAUCGCACCCCAUGCAGUUGCUGUUCACACAAGAUUGCAAGAAAACGAAGGAAUCCUUGUGAAGUACCACACAAUGAAAGCAGGAACAGACGGUGACAUUGUUUCCAUCAGAAUCUCCCAGCAGCUUCUCUGAUUCCUUCACAGUGCAUUGUCUCAAAGUCACACAAAGCUUUAAGUAUUUCUAGUAUUCAAAUCCUUUUCCUCUUCAGUAAAAUAAAGAUAUACAUUUAUU